UCGCUUGGGGUGCCAACACAAGUGACAGGUUGGGCUUAUCUCCAUCUUCUGACAAAUGUAGUCCCAGCAAGGUGAUCGGCUUGGAGGGAGUCGUGAUUUCCAAAAUUGUUUGUGGAGCUAGUUUCAUACUUGCUUUAUCGGACGACGGCAAAAUUUACUCAUGGGGAGAAAAUCAUAGAGGCCAGUUGGGAAAUGGGACUGCCACGAUGGCCAAGAGACCAACCAUUGUUAUUUCAACACAAAUGGGAAAGGUUAGAGAAUUUGCUGCCACUCAUUACUUUAGACACCCGUGCGCUGCAAUCACUGAGGAAGACAAAGUUUUCAUUUGGGGCAGUUGGAAAAACAAAACAUUUAUGGCACCAAUUCCCACUUCCUUCUCGUCGUUUGAUGAUGUUUUUGCUGAUGCCUCUCCUCCAAUGACCUACCAACGUUUUGAAUUGAAAGAAUUUAUCACUACCAAAGUUGAGAGCAAGAAGAAAGACUCGGUGAUUGAGCUUCUUCAAAAAGCGUUCGACAAACCUGAAACUGCUGAUGUUGCAUUCAUUGUUAAGGGGGAGAAAAUCCACGUGCACAAGAAUCUUUUGACCAUCGGCAGCGAAGUUUUCAAGAAUUUGUUCCUGGGCGAUAGGAAGGAGAGUUGUAAAAACGAGCAGAUCAUCGAGGAUCACAGCUACGACGCCUUCUACGCGUUCCUCAAGUUCUUCUACACUGAUCAAGUGGACUUAAAGCCUGAACUUGCUCUUGAAGUUUACUCCUUAGCCCAUUUCUAUCAGGUGACUGGUCUGAUGGAAAAGUGCGAAAAGAUCCUCAAAUCUGGUCUGACAGUGCAAAACGCUGCUGCCGUUUACGAGAAGGCAAUUUUGUUUGGAGCUGAGGACCUGUGUGAGUUCUGCUUUGAAUUUUGCAAGAAGCAUUUGGUGUACGUCGUGAACAGUUUUGAGUCUGCAGAGACCAAGAGAGAGGUCGUCUUGGAAGUUUUCCGUCGGGCGGCCAAUGAAAAGAAGAAAUAAGUUUAUCAUUUAUGGA